AAACGUAGCUAGUGAUGAAGUUUAGGGGUUUAUCGAGUCCAGUUUUGUAAGCUUGUGUGUGGCGUACUUUUGUUUAUUCACUUUACCACCGACUGGAAACAACUUACCUCCACAUUAUGUGUGGUAUUAGUUAGUUUAAGAAUGUAAAACUUUAGUUUUAGUUGCUAACAUCGGCUGAUACUGUAGCUAGCUUCUUUUUGGACGCUGGUUGUACGUUAGCAGUGCAGUUCACGGACCCUCGGCUACAUGACGACUUAGCAUCGCUCUUUUACAUCUCCAAAGUCCAGGGCACCGUCAUUAUUGUGUGGGGUUGCGGAUUUUGGCCUACAUGUCUCACUUAGCUGACCCGGACGAUACCACUCCACUGCUCAGGGACGACACAUGCAGUGAUGACUUUCGGGAUGAGGAUUACAAGUCUCGGUGGAGGUCCAUCCGAGUCAUGUACUUCACCAUGUUUCUCAGCAGUGUAGGCUUUACUAUUGUCAUCACAUCACUGUGGCCCUAUUUGCAAAAGAUCGACGACAGUGCCAACGCCAGCUUUUUGGGCUGGGUAGUGGCAGCCUACAGUCUCGGCCAGAUGUUGGCGUCGCCCCUUUUUGGCCUUUGGUCCAACUACAGACCGCGCGGGGAGCCACUGGUGUGUUCUAUCGUCAUCAACAUGUCCGCCAAUAUCUACUACGCCUACGCAUACCUGCCCACAACCAAUAACAAGCUCCACAUUCUCAUGUCCAGAGCCUUUGUGGGCUUUGGAGCAGGUAAUGUUGCUGUGGUGAGGUCAUAUGUGGCUGGAGCGACAUCCCUGAAGGAGAGGACCAGUGCCAUGGCAAACAUGAGUGCCUGUCAGGCUCUGGGUUUCAUCCUAGGACCAGCUCUGCAGGCAUGCCUGUCCUUCAUUGGUGAGCACGGGGUCACGGUCAAGGUCAUCGACCUGCAGCUCAACAUGUACACUGCUCCUGCUUUACUGGCCACAUCUUUUGGUCUCAUCAACAUCCUGCUGGUGGUUUUGGUGCUGAGAGAGCACCGCGUUGAUGACCACGGAAGACAAAUUCGAGCCAUUAACUUCACAGCGGAAGAAAGAGAAGACGUUAGUGAAGAAACGGAGCAGACCAUCGAUCAGGUAGCGGUCCUGAUCUCCAACGUCCUUUUCUUCAUCGUCAUGUUCAUCUUUGCCGUCUUCGAGACAAUUGCCACCCCUUUGUCUAUGGACAUGUUUGCUUGGACGAGGAAAGAAGCUGUGGUAUACAACGGCAUAAUCAUCUGCUGUAUUGGAUUUGAAUCCAUCUUGGUGUUUCUAGUUGUAAAAGUGGCCUCGCAAAGGGUUGGGGAUCGUCCGGUGUUGCUAGCAGGCUUGGUUAUCAUAUUCUGCGGCUUCUUUAUUCUGCUUCCAUGGGGAAGUCAUUACCCAAAAGUCCAGUGGGCAGACGUCAAAAACAACACUUUGGUCAGUUGGAUGUCUAAAGCCGCGGUGGCCUCCAACAGCUCGUUGGAGCCGACGGGCUGUCCGUACGAACAGACCUGGUGCCAGUACACGCCCGCCAUCAGUCUGGCCCAGUACAUCUCGUCCGACAUCCUCAUCGGGGUGGGCUACCCAGCCUGCAACGUCAUGUCCUACACGCUGUACUCCAAAAUCCUCGGACCCAAACCUCAGGGUGUGUACAUGGGGUGGUUGACAGCCUCCGGGAGUGGUGCGCGGACAUUGGGUCCAAUCUUCGUCUCCCAGGCCUACACCAUCCUGGGACCCCGCUGGGCCUUCAGCCUCAUCUGUGGCAUAGUGCUAGGGGCCAUCAUCCUCCUCAGCUCCGUCUACCACAGACUCAUCGCUUUCUCUGUACGCCACGGAAGGACUACAGAAUAACAAGCGAAGAUUCCCAUCGGAGUCCCUGACGGCAAUAACUAAAAAACUACAAUCCCCGUUUUAAUGAAGGCUCUUUGUUGUUGUUACUUACUUUAAAAUGUGGCAACUAAUGAGCAUUUGGGAGUUUGGGACUCCGGCUUGACCUUUUAAACUCCAGGACGAAGAGACGAGGCCAGGUUAUUUCUCAUGACUCGACCAAAGAUGGCUGCUUCGCAAGUUCCAGUACAAGGAAGCUAGCACUGCAGCUGUAUCAAAGCCCUGUAAUGUGACGCCAUUUUAGUAUUUUGUAUGACAUUGCCUUGUAUGAGGUGGGCCCAUGGUAUCAGAGAGAUUAUAGUUUUUAAUUAUUGAAUGCACAAUUUUUACGUAAUUGCAUUGUUGGUCUCAGA